AUGUUCAAAGCUACCAGGGCCCUGUCUAUGCAGCCAACACGCAUGAUGGCUAUGCAGCCUACGCGCAUGGCUGCCAUGCGCCCGAGCCCCCAGCUCUUCAUGAGGCAGACGAUGCGCAUGCGCAACCCUGUGCCUAAGGAGGAGCACGGCGCCCACACCGUAUCCCAGCGUAUCCGCCAGCUCAAGAACAUCCCCACUGAGAUUUGGCCUCUGAUCAUCGUUCUCGGCGUCGCCGUCGGCAUGGCCUUCUUCUCCAUCACCCGGAAACUCUGGGUCGACAAGACCCUCCGCCUCAAGCGACAGGGCAAGCAGGAGUAGGCACCUGGGCUUGCAAGGAACCGGAUACAAUAAAGAUGGAAUCGGCGGGCUUGGAAGGGCUCCAGCAGCCAUGUGUAUAGGUACAGCAUACGGGACAGAGUCCUCGUCAAGUUCGAAAUCAAGCAUAAGAUUCAUUGCGAGUUGCGUCUAGACGUGCAAAAGGAAGUCAUCGAGUGCAAUGGCGAGAUCAUCAAGGACUUUGAAUCUUAGCAAGUGCGGCAGAAUGUGGCACGAUUCCUAAACCGUGCUUGUGAUAUGCUGUAUUCAUACCUUCUCCUAGAGGAGAAAAAACUUUGUGUAACAGAACAUGGUAUCAAAUACAUUUUUCCAACGCCUGCAAACGCCAAAGAAGG